CCGGCUGAGAUGGUGGAGGAGACGAUGGCGGUCCACAAGCUCUUCCUCCAGCUCCUGCUGCUCAGCGCUCUACUCAUCUACUACUCAGACAGCGCGAGAGGAAGCGCGCUCCACAAACUGCUGAAGAAACGGGACGUGGGGGGGGAGGCGAGGCCCGAAGCGCUGGCGGUGGCCCCCUCCAAGGCCAAGCAGUUCCUGGCGCCCCCGGGAAGGCGGCUGAGGAGGAACCUGUGGGACCGCAGCCGACCAGAUGUCCAGCAGUGGAUCAUGCAGUUCAUGCACAUGGGCUACGAUGAAGCUAGGCUGGAGACGGACCUUUCCUACUGGAUGGACCAAUCACGGUCAAGCGACCAGGGACGCCAGCAUCAUUACGACGAGAACGCAGCCAUUGGUCCCCAGGACAGGGGCACUUACAGACACGGCGCCAAUGUCAAUUAUGACUACUAUUAAUCCCCCUUCUAAGGACUGUGUGAUUCCCGAGUCUUCCUGUGUGUCCUGUCAAUACCCGCAUAUUUCCUGCAGCAUGCAACCCCCUGCUUCUGGUCCUCUGUGAAAGAACAAGGACCCAUCUGCUUCAAAAUCUCCUUUUGGCUCUAUAACUGUUUUGCGUGCUG